GCAUAUACGUGUAAUACGCACCCGGUUGAUCGGGCAUGCGCCAGGGGGGGGAGUGGUAAUUUGGCGUAGCGGCAUGGCGGCUAGGCGACUGCGAGAGGGAACAUGGCCCCGCCAAGAUGGAGAUCGGUCCCCCCUUAGCACUCUAUCUCUGUUUCAACUAAUCUUGAUGCCGGGAUGUCGGCCGCAGCGACUCGCGCUAGGCGGGUCACGAUGGGAGAGAUCAAAGCGUACUUGUCUCUCUUUUUUAUAGCGAUAGGGUGUGGAGAGGGCGGCGCCCCAAACACCGGCCAAACGAUGCACGUAUGUAAUCUUGGUCGGGCUGGGAACGGGGGCGUCCGUCUACAGAGGAAGGUCGAUCAGCCGAAGGUAUAUACGAAUUGGGGUCUACCGUCUUGGGGGGUCCAUCUCUUCUUUCUCUCCUUCUCUUCCCUCUCUGAGCUUGACGUUCCUUGGCAACCCAACAUUCACCCCUUCACGACGAGUUGGAGGGUAGUUGCCCAAGUUCCAUCCACCCCAUUGAACGUUCCGCCGGCCGCUCGUUCGUCCGCUCGUUCAUCGUCGACCUCUCACCCCUUCCUCACCCCCUCCGAAAAUCCAUCGAUUUCUCAGGCCUUAUACUUACGUGACUGCUAAUAUACGCCUGUUAAUCCCAGGCGGACUGGCGUGUGUCGUUGUUAUGUGCCGGGAGCGUUUUAAAUAGGUCGAUCGGACUCAGGAAUUACUUAAUAGUUGUUCUUCGCAUAGUAUUUUUCGGAGGACGCGAGAGAUCGAGAGGGA